CGAUGGCGUCGAGGAACGAGACGGAAGGCCAGGCCAAGCAGCGCCACAAGCUCGAAGCGCGGGAGUGGCAGAACCAGACCAAGCUGCUCCAGAAGAAGUGGAAGAAGGAGAAGAAGUCCAAGAAGGACAUUGAAGACGAGCUUGUCCGCCUCGAGCAAGAGAUGAAGGAACGCCAUGCCGCCGAGCUUCUCGCCUUUGCCAAGGACGACGAUGAGACGGUGAUCGACGAUGCAGCGCCACCGGCCACCGACGCGCCGCCGGCAUCUACCAACGCCAAGCUCGAGAAGGCGCAGCGCAAGCGCGAGAAGAAGAAGCAGGAGGAGAAGGACCGGCAGCUGCGCAUCGACGAAGAGUCCAAGAACGUCGUGAGCGAGCGCAAGAUCGAGCUCGACCAGAUUGCGCUGCAGCUGCAGUCGCUAACCAUGACGAUCCACGAGAUUCCGUCGGACGGUCAUUGCUUGUACCACGCGAUUGCCGACCAGUUGCGACGCAUCGGGCAGCUGCCGUCCACGGGCGCUCUUCCGCCGCACCUGUACCUGCGCCAGCUCACGGCAGCGUCGCUCCGUGCCAACGCUGAUGACUUUAUGCCGUUUGUGGAACUCAACUACGAGUCGGACGAGUCGCUCCAAGACCAAUACGCAGCCUACUGCCACCGCGUCGAGCACUCGUCCGACUGGGGCGGGCAGAUCGAGCUGCGGGCGCUCGCACAGAGCCUCCAGCGUCCGAUCCAUGUCUACGCGGCGGGCUCGGAGGUCCUCGUCAUGGGCGACGACUUUAGCGCUGCCCACACGGCGCCGCUGCGUGUCUCGUACCAUUUGCAUUACUAUACGCUCGGCGCCCAUUACAACUCGGUCGUGGCCGCAACCACCACCGACGACGACGACGACGAGCAUCUGUAGACGCUGGAGCACGAGCACGGGUGGCGCUGCAAACACCUCGGUGGCAUCGAAUCAAUAUGUACAUCGAAUACAACGCUAGGUCG